CUCGCUCAGCCUGCCUGUAGUACUUGGCUGUGUCUACUCCAUGCUGGUUGUGGUUCACAAAGUUGAACCACGGCACAACCUCGUGGAACAGGGCCGAGUAGCGCGACUGUCUGGCCGCAACGCCCUGCAUGUUGGGCGUCAGCUGCGACACGCCGUACAGAGGCUCGCCCUUCUUGACCUUGUCCACCAUCUCGCGCAUGUCCAUGUCAACCUCGCGCGAGUUCUCCGACAUGCCGAAGAAGCGUACUGUAGAGAUAAAAUGCGUCGGUAACUGAAUUCCCGCAAAUCAGAGAAAACACAUGUGGCAAAGGGUGAACCUACAGCACGAUCUCUGGUAGAACAGGAGGAAGCCCCCCGUGAGCCCAACAGCUCCCGUAAGCCUCAUUGCCUGGGCAAAGCCGCCCCUGCCAACCAAAGAUGGCGAGACCUUCUCCAUCAAGGUGAGGAGACCGGGUCCGGCCGCGGCCGCAGUAGCACCGUACGCAUAAUCGGAUGGCCUCGCGUAUGAGACGACACGCUUGAAGUGUCUGUAGUAGUCGAUGUAGCCAUUGAGUCAGCCAAGGUUCACGACAGAAGCAGCCCAGUUCAUGUUUCAUUCGCGCGACAAGAAUCGAAUCGGUGGGACGUACGGAUCGUUGUCUAUGAGCUGUAGAUAUUGUUGAAUUGAUGAUUAGCAGGUGCCUUGGCUCGGUUGUCGGCGUCCAUCCUUCAAGCAACGAUUGACUUACGGGAUACUCGCUAGGGAGCGUCUUGCUGGGCACAUAUCGUGCCGUGCUGUCAAUCGACAUUGUGAAGAUCUGGCUGAACAAUGGUCGUUGUCCGGUUGGUCGAUUUCUCUAUAUCGUCCCUUCGUCGUCAUUACUUCAUUGUACCGAAGGGAAUUGGAAGCUUAGCUUGCGAACCGAUAUUCAACUGCCUCAGGCACCAACUAGCUGGCUGGGUUGAAUUAAUCGGGCGGAAGCCAAUGCACGCAUGCCAAGCCAAGUUCCAUUCCUGCCCCGCAGAGUUGCAUUUGAUAAGCACUUUACGCGUCUGUGGUCCAAGACGCGUUUGCACAAAUCCAUCAACAUCAUCGCGCAACAACUUUAUGCCUACCUAAUAAAGAGUUACCUACCUAAGCUCACUAAUCACGGGUCUAGCAUAAGUGAACACUAAAAGAGAAGUCUAAUAAAAGAGCCCAAUCUAUUUGCCGCAAAGAAAAGACCUCGUGUCUCCAAGAUGUCUACCUCUAAAGCAAAACAGCCAUCUGUUCCAGCGCUCGACAAUUACAUACCCGACGAUGAGGAUUUCUUCGAUCCCUUUGCAUCGCCCACCAAUUCACCCAACCAGAGCCCUAAGGCUAAGGGCGGGGCCAAACGUAGUGAGCCAGAUGGAGGUCUGGGUAUAGACGAAGAGGUCUCUGUCGCCAAGCGCGCCCGAGUCCCGCGUGUCAAACUUGAUGAGACAAGACUUCUCUCGGAUAAGGGCAUACCUGCUCUUCGUAAGCGGGCAGGAACCCUCAGGCUCAAGGGCAAGGGGCACGAGUUCUCUGACGCUGCCCGGCUCUUAUCCUUCUACCAACUCUGGCUCGACGAUCUCUUCCCCAAGGCCAAAUUUCUCGACGCAUUGGCCAUGGUAGAGAAGGCUGGCCACAAGACCACUAUGCACAAGGCCCGCACAGAUUGGAUCAACGACCUGAAGCCCAACAUGACGGCUCCCGAUAAUGACGGUCACGCCGACAUUGGCCACGCUCCAGUAGCGCAACCACAGUCGUCUAGGAUAGCGCCGAUCUUUGAGAAGCGACAAACGAUCGAUGCAUCUACUAUGCCAGCAGAGGAUAGCAAUGGUGUGGAUGAUUUGUUUGGAGGCGAUGACCUCGGCGAAAUGUAUGAUGUCACCCCCAAGGCUACUAGGCCCGUUGGAGAGCCAGACGACGAUGAUAUCGAGGCUUUGAUGGCCGAGGCGGAAUCUUCAAUAAGGCAACCAGCGCCUAUAGCCAUGAGUCUAUUCGGCUCCGGAAGACCGGCCAAGACUGGUACAGAGGCACAACGCGCAAAUGGUUCUCCCAAUGAUGAAGACCUAGAUGCCGUCAUGGCGGAGGCGGAAGUUCACACAGUGUCCCACGGUUCAUCUACAGCCAGGAAACAACGUGCCCAGACUGAUCCUGGGAACGACGAUGACGAUCUGGAAGCGUUGAUAGCCGAGGCCGAAGGUGUGCUGAAACAAAAGCCAGCGCCGUCACACAAAACGAAGGACAAAACGAGUAGUUUUGAUGACGAAGAGGCAGCUAUGGCUGAGCUGGACCUAUGGUAACCUGAGGUGUCAUGAUUUCUAUAAAAAUGUAUUUGUCGCUCAUGGGAUACGGUAUUUAAGUGUAGAUGUCAGCGUUGGCUAGACAUUUCCGGUUCCCAAAAAUAGUCGUCAUGCAGGCCGUGUGUGGUACCUGGCAUGAGCUUGAAAAGAAGGAUUCCUCGCAUGAUCGAUCCCCCUGCAUUGCAAUGAACAACAUGUGAACCAAAAGUCAUUGUUUCCCCACAACAAUAUUCACUUCUUCUUUCCCUUUUGAGUCAUCCUCCUGAAUGCA